AUGGCAGCGAAUGGCACUGCGGUGACAGAAUUCAUUCUGAUGGGGUUUCAGCUGCAGGGAGAGCUGCAGAGGGGGCUCUUCUUUGUGUUUCUGGUCCUUUAUCUCAUCACCAUGGGAGGCAACCUGGGCAUGAUUGUGCUGGUUCAGAGCGACCCCCGCCUCCAGACUCCCAUGUACUUCUUCCUCAGCCACCUUUCCUUCCUGGACGUCUGCUACUCUUCUGUUAUUGUCCCUCAGUUGCUGGAGAUCUUGGGGACGGAUAAGAGGGUCAUCGCCUUUGAGCGCUGUGCCACCCAGUUCUUCUUUUUCACACUCUGUGCUAGUACUGAAUGCUUCCUUUUGGCCGCGAUGGCCUAUGACCGCUAUGUGGCCGUGUGUAACCCUCUCCUCUAUGCCACGGCCAUGACACCCCAGACCUGCCUCGGGCUGGUGGCUGGGGCAUAUGGUGGCGCCAUGUUCAAUUCCAUGAUUCGCACUGGGUGCACCUUCUCGAUCUCCUUCUGCAAGUCCAACCAUGUGGAUUUCUUCUUCUGUGACCUCCCACCCCUGCUAAAGCUUGCCUGCAGUGAGACCGGACCACGAGAACGGGUGAUCUACCUCUUAGCCUUCUUGGUCAUCACAACCAGCAUUUCGGUGAUUCUUAUCUCCUACCUGUUCAUCAUUCGGGCUAUUCUGAAGAUUCGUUCCGCUGGUGGCAAAGCCAAGACUUUCUCCACCUGUGCUUCUCACAUGACUGCAGUGGCUCUUUUCUUUGGGACACUUAUGUUCAUAUACCUGAAAGGCAACAUGGGAAAAUCCCUUGGGGAGGACAAGGUUGUGUCUGUCUUCUACACUGUGGUCAUCCCUAUGCUGAACCCAGUGAUCUACAGCCUGAGAAACAAGGAAGUGAAGGAGGCUCUGAAGAAAGCUCUCAACAGGAUGAGGGUUUCCCAAGUAGAGUAA